AUCCAGUACAACUGUAUUUGGUACAACUGUAUCCAGUACAACUGUAUUUGGUACAACUGUAUCCGGUACAACUGUGUCCGGUACAACUGUAUCCAGUACAACUGUACCUGGUACAAGUGCAUCCAGUACAACUGUGUCCGGUACAAAUGUGCCCAGUACAACUGUACCCAGUACAAGUGCAUCCAGUACAACAGUGUCCGGUACAAAUGUUGCAUCCAGUACAACUGUGUCUGGCACAAUUGCAUCCAGUACAAGUGCAUCCAGUACAACUGUAUCCAGUACAAGUGCAUCCAGUACAACAGUGUCCGGUACAAAUGUGUCCAGUACAACUGUACCUAG